AUGUUGACCCUUGUUCUGGCCAUUCCCACUUUCGUUCUGGGUAUAGUGUACAUGAGUCUUGUGCCAGACACCAACUCCACCAAGCAUUUCCUGAUGAAGCCGUGGGUAUCUGGUCUCAGCCGCAAUGAGAUUAUACUCUGUCUCCUCGCCACGCCGGUGUACUUUUUUGCAGCCGACGUCUUUCACGUCAGAGCCAUAAAGGAGCUGAGGACUCUUUGGCGUAGUAGCAGCCGUACGCCGUUCUUGCAGCGAUUCUACAAAUUUGGCAGCAUGAACAUGCUCAUGUCUCUCGGAACAAGCAUUGCGUAUUGGUCUUCCAUCGGCCAGAUGAUUGCGGCGGGAGCCGAUGGUGAUGCUGAUAUCCCCGAGGAUCGGUUCUAUUUCGACUCUGUCGUCUUCUUGACCCUCUUCCUUCUUGCCGGUCGGCUGAUUGAGGCGUACAGCAAGUCCAAGGCGGGAAAUGCCGUGGAAGCGCUGGCAAAGCUGAGGCCCACUACUGCUCUGCUUGUAGAGCAAGAUAAGCUACAAGGCCAGAUUACUACGACGAUAGACAUGGACCAGCUGGAGCACGGAGACGUUAUUCGAGUGCCUCACGGCUCAUCACCGCCAGUUGAUGGCGUGAUUCUGUCUGGCGAGACGACUUUUGAUGAAUCGAGUCUGACAGGCGAAUCAAGGCCCAUCAAAAAGGGCGAAGGAGACGAGGUGUUUGCGGGAACCGUCAAUAAGGGAGCUGCGGUAGUGGUCAAGGUCACGGGAACUUCUGGCAAGUCUAUGCUUGAUCAAAUUGUCGAGGUCGUCAGAGAAGGGCAAGCCAAGAGAGCACCAAUGGAGCAAGUAGCCGACCUAUUGACAUCGUACUUUGUCCCGGUGGUGACUCUGAUAGCCAUCAUCACAUGGGCCGUCUGGAUGGCGCUCUCGUUUACUCAUAAUGUGUCAAGUGACGAGUUGGAUUCAUCAGGUGGUUCAACCGCGUUUGCCUUCCAGUUUGCCAUUGCCGUGUUUGUUGUGGCUUGCCCGUGUGGGCUGGGUUUGGCUGCUCCAACGGCGAUUUUCGUCGGCGGAGGUCUCGCAGCCAAGUACGGAAUCUUGGUCAAGGGCGGCGGUGAGGCAUUUGAGAAAGCCAGCAAAGUGGGCUGCGUGGUCUUUGACAAGACAGGAACACUUACGGUCGGAGGAGAACCUCAAAUCACCGAUUCUGCUCUCUUCCCUGAUGGAGCCGUCGAUGGACUCAGCGAAGGGACUCUCCUCUCUGCCAUGAAAGCUACGGAAGAAAACAGCAGCCACCCCAUUGCAAAGGCCAUAGUUGGAUUCUGCAAGACGGAUGCCAAGCCGGUUGAGCUCGAGCAGAUUGAAGAGGUGCCGGGCAAGGGCAUCAAGGCCAGCUGCAAGAAUCAGGCUUUCGACAUUGCUGUGGGCAAUGAGAGCCUGAUGAAAGACUUGUCUGCCCGAAUAUCUUCCAACGUCAGGGGCUUGCUGGAGACGUGGAAGCAGGAAGCCAAAUCUGUUGCACUCAUCGCAACACGGCUUCAUGAUGGCGGCAAGUGGGCAGUCACUGCCGUGCUCUCCAUCUCGGACCCCAUCCGUGAAGAAACGCUGCCAGUCCUUGAAGCACUACAGAAGCGAGGAGUGGAGGUAUGGAUGCUCUCAGGAGACAAUGUGACCACGGCACAGGCCGUGGCUCAGAGGGUGGGCAUCCCCACGUCCAACGUGCUGGCUGAGGUUUUGCCCUCGGAAAAGGCGGCCAAGAUCAGUUAUCUCCAAGGCUCGAUGGGCAGCAACGGUCAGCGUCCGAUGGUCGCCAUGGUGGGAGACGGCAUCAACGACUCGCCGGCGCUUACGACGGCGGACGUGGGCAUCGCCAUUGGCUCCGGCAGCGACGUGGCUAUUUCGAGCGCCGACUUUGUGCUUGCCACGUCGAACCUGCACUCGGUGCUGACGCUCCUGGACCUCAGCCGUGUCGUCUUCCGCCGCAUCAAGAUCAACUUUGGGUGGGCGGCUGUGUACAAUGUGUGUGCGAUCCCUAUUGCAGCCGGGUGUCUGUACGCCAUCAAGACGUCGAGUGGCUCGCACGUCAAGCUGGACCCCGUGUGGGCCUCGCUGGCCAUGGCUCUUUCGAGCAUCAGUGUGGUGUUGAGCAGUCUGAGCCUGCGGACGAAGAUUCCUUGGCUUGGAUUCCGCAAUAAGCAGGUUGUGUGA